CGGGGCUUCGGCGCGUCUCCAGGUUUUAGUGAUUUCCACAGACUUAUACAAUAUAUUUAAUAUCGCGAUUCUUGUCUCGCGCGUGGGUGGUUGUUGUUUUUUAAUUUAAAGACAGAGAUUUCUGCAAUAGAACAGCGGUUAAACACGUAAGUGUACACUGUGUAGUGUGUUAGUGUGAGGUUGUGUUUAAAGGUAAUAAAAAGAAAAAGAAAGAAAGAGCCGCGCCCUGAACCGAGCGCACAAACUUCACUUCCUCCACCUCAGGUAAGCUGAGGGACACGGACAGUCUGAGGACUGAGUGAAACACUGUAUUUCUACACCAGGAAAAGACAUGGAGUGUGAACAGGAGAGGUGAAAUACACGGACUAGAAGAUUAUCUGCUUUGUUUGGUUUGAGCAGAACCGUGUGACCUGAAGCUCCAUGCCCCUCAGCCCUCCAUUACCCACCAUCCCUUUCACCUGACUGGUGUGUCAAUCAAAAACCUCCCACCCCCAGCCAAUCACACCCCCAUCCGUCCUCUUAACUCCAACAUGGCCACGGUCACUACAGCAGCAGUGGCCAAUACAUGCGUCAAUUAUUCAGUUAAGUUUUACUACAACAAUUCAGGGAAAGUUAUCUCAGAAUUUUGGCAUGCAAAGGACUAUGCCGUGGUCAUUCUGGGACUGAUUGUGUGCUGCUUCAUUAUUGUGAUGAAUAUCCUGGUCAUGGUAGCCAUCUUUAUGAACCGACGCUUCCAUUACCCCAUCUACUACCUGCUGGGAAACCUGGCUGCAGCUGACCUGUUCGCUGGUAUCGCCUACAUGCAUCUGAUGUUCCACACUGGGCCCUGGACUGCAAGACUCAGUUUGUACCAGUGGUUCCUCAGACAGGGUCUGAUCGAUACCAGUCUGACCGCCUCGGUCAUUAACUUGAUGGCCAUCGCUCUGGAGAGGCAUCAGACCAUCUUCACCAUGCAGCUCCACAGUAAGAUGACCAACAUGCGGGUGAUCCUGCUGAUUGUGGGCAUCUGGGCGAUCGCAAUAAUCAUGGGCCUGAUUCCCAGCAUGGGCUGGAACUGCCUGUGCGACCUCGACAACUGCUCCAAGAUGGCACCCAUGUACAGCCGCAGCUACCUGGUGUUCUGGGCUGUGCUCAACCUGCUGUCCUUCAGCGUCAUGGUGCUGGUCUACACGCGCAUCUUCAUCUACGUCCGGCACAAAAGCCAGCGCAUGAGCCAGCAUACGGUGCAGUCCAAACACAAAGAGACGGUGGAGAACCUGAUGAGAACCGUCUUCGUCAUUCUGGGGUGCUUCGUGUUGUGCUGGACUCCAGGUCUGGUGCUGCUGCUGCUGGACGGUGUGAAGUGUAACUGCGGCGUGCUGAAAGUGGAGAAGUUCUUCUUGGUCCUGGCGGAGUUUAAUUCCAUGAUGAACCCCAUCAUCUACUCGUACCGUGACCAGGACAUGCGGCGUACGUUCAAGCGUAUCCUCUGCUGCCUGUGUCUCCGACGCGGACAGAAAGGCCAACACACCGAUGUCCGCUUCAACACGCUCAACCAAGAGGCGAACAAGAUGAAAGAUGCUACAGAUGAAAACUGCACUCUGGGGCUUCAACAGUCAAGAUACAAUAAAUCUGUGAGAUAAAAGCUGGACCUGAAUAAACUCCUCACCUCCACCAUCUCUCAACGACUCAUCAGCACUGAUCCAACAUCCAUACUGAUCCAACAUCCAUACUGACCCAACAUCAGUACUCUGCUGCCUUUAGAUUUAAAUUUUAUUAAAAGUUAUUGUUGUGAAGUUAGAGUUUAUUGUUUGUAAUGAUCUUAUUUAUUAUAACACUGUGUGUGUGUAUGUGUGUGUGUGUGUGUAUGUGUGUGUGUGUGUGUGUGUGUGUAUGUGUGUGUUGAGUAUUCUGAAUAAAUACACAUAUAUUCACAAAACAUGAAUAAUUAACCAAAAAAAUGUAAAUAAAUAAUAAAUGUGAAGAAAAAAAUAGAAAGAGAGAUGAUUUCUUCGU